UUGGCUAAGAGGAGCCGGAGCCGGGUGUCCCGGAGCUAGGAGGAGGAGGGCGGCGCCCUGGGCCUGGCCCCGGUGCCGGGGGCGGGUGACCGACUUCUGUGAAGCCACCAUGGCAGCUCGGAACGGCCAGAGGGUCCUGAGGAAGGUGGUGUCAGGAUAUUCUUCGAAGUCGGCAGCAGUGACCAGCGUACCGGCUACGGCACAGGGACCCGCGCGGAACGUCAGAUAUUUAGCUUCCUGUGGUAUACUGAUGAGCAGAACUUUUCCUCUACAUACUACCUCAGCUUUGCCAAAGGAUAUAUAUGCAAGAAAUUUCUUCAGAAUUGCUGCACCACUAAUAAACAAAAGAAAAGACUAUUCAGAGAGGAGGAUUAUCGGAUACUCGAUGCAGGAAAUGUAUGAUGUAGUAUCAGGAAUGGAGGAUUACAAACACUUUGUUCCAUGGUGUAAAAAAUCAGAUAUAAUAUCAAAGAGAUCUGGAUACUGCAAAACACAAUUAGAAAUUGGAUUUCCACCUGUAUUGGAGCGUUAUACAUCUAUAGUCACCUUGGUGAAACCACAUUUGGUAAAGGCAUCCUGUACUGAUGGAAGACUUUUCAACCACUUGGAGACAAUUUGGCGUUUUAGCCCAGGUCUUCCAGGUUACCCAAGAAGUUGUACCUUGGAUUUUUCAAUUUCUUUCGAAUUUCGUUCCCUUCUACACUCUCAGCUUUCCGUGUUGUUUUUCGAUGAAGUUGUAAAGCAGAUGGUAGCUGCCUUUGAAAGAAGAGCUUGUAAACUCUAUGGUCCAGAAACAAAUAUCCCACGGGAAUUAAUGCUGCAUGAAGUUCAUCACACAUAAAAGGAACUGGUCAACUCUUGGAACCUCAUCUAUGUACUUAGGAAGUGUUUUUAUCAUUUAUUUUAGAAGUUAGAAAGCAUUUAAGUCCAACUUAUUUAUAGCCAUUUAAAGUUUGCACUUGAAAUACUUCGGUAUCUGGUGUACAU